CUGACUUUCCCAGUGGUUAGACCGCUCUCUUUCACUUCCGCUUGAUAAAGCUGCCACGAGGCUGGACUCUGGUGGCGGCCUCUUUUAACCUCGUGUGCGUCCCACGCGACCCCUCGUCUUGUUCUGUUUGGCUGCAGCUCAAGGCAGGCAACUCUCUUUGUUGAGCUGGACGAUAUAUUAGCUUGAGACCGCCAUUUCGUUCGCUUCAACAGCGUCCUUUUAUCACUACCAGUACCUAGCACCGAGCAACAUACACGACGCUCAUCCACCGUCAUGGCCGAUCUCAAGAACGCCGACCCCUCCGAGGCCUCUCUCCCCGGUCCGGACCUCACUGCGGGGCUGACCGAGAAGCCCAAUGUCGCGCCAAAGGUUGCUCAUCCGUCAGGGAGGGAAGGAUACGGAACCCUGAUGCAGAUCCUCCGCGGCGCCUUGUUCAGCUUUUAUUUUAUGACAUGCUGCAUCAUCAUCCACAUUACCCAGUUCAUCGGGGCGCCGCUGUACUUCUUCAACCGCGACUGGUACUACGCAUACAUGGCCAUGACGAAGCGGUCCUUUUGUCUCACCACAACUGUCAUGACCCAGAUCUGGGGUCCUACAACUAUUCGAAUCAGCGGUGACGAGUCGGUUGCGGGCCAGAUCAAGCUGCGACCUGAUGGAGGAGUGCAGUUUGAGUUUCCCGAGCGCUUGGUCUUGAUUGCCAACCACCAGAUUUACACUGACUGGUUGUACCUCUGGUGGGUGGGAUAUGCCAACUCGCCUGGGAUGCAUGGUCACAUCUACAUCAUCCUCAAAGAGUCUCUCAAGAUGAUUCCUCUGAUCGGAUGGGGAAUGAUGUUUUACGGAUUCAUCUUCAUGUCAAGAAAGAUGGCAACCGACCAACCCCGACUGGCCUAUCGUCUGAGCAAACUCAAGCAGCGCAAGGUGGACCCAAAUGGAAAGUCUUAUAUGGAUCCCAUGUGGUUGCUGUUGUUUCCUGAAGGGACAAACCUGUCAAGGAAUGGAAGAAGAAAGUCGGCUGGUUGGGCUGCCAAGAAUGACCUCAAGGACCCUGAUCAUGUCAUGCUUCCACGGAGUACGGGCAUGUUUUUCUGUCUGAACGAACUCAAGGGCACGAUGGACUACGUCUACGACUGCACAGUCGCGUAUGAGGGAAUCCCCCGAGAUGGAUAUGGAGAGGAGUUGUUUGGCCUGUCUAGCACUUACUUCCAAGGUCGACCCCCAAAGUCGGUCAACUUUCACUGGCGUCGUUUCCGCAUGGCCGACAUCCCCCUGGACGACCAGAAGGAGUUUGACCUGUGGCUGCGAGAGCAGUGGUAUCAGAAGGAUGCCUUGAUGGAGCAGUACAUGACGACCGGCCGGUUCCCGCGCAUGGCUGGGAGCAAGGUUGACUAUAUCGAGACCGAGAUCAAGACGCGACAGCCUUGGGAGAUUCUUCAGAUCUUUGCCGUGGUAGGCACGGCUGGGCUAAUCUGGCACAACAUCAAGAAGACAUUUGUGACGGCGACGUCGAUGUUUCGGUGAGGCGUAUUCGCGAGCGAGUGGGUUGAUGCCGCACUUCAGGGGUUGUCUUUGCUUUUGCGUCGACUUGGGGAUACGUUGGCUUGAGGAUACACAGUAAGAGGGGGACGACGGGACACACUUGACGACUUGCACGAUUCUUGGGUUCAGACCCCUUUGGUUCUUUCGGUUCUGGUUCGGUUUGUUUUCUAGCAUUUGGAGGAGAUACCGAGGCGUACACAGGACAAGAUGGGUUGGCACGGAGCAUCAAGGAAAGAUGGGUGAGGUGGGAGAGUAUGGAUUCGGUCAGUGUCCGAAGGCAAAGGACAACUCAUGACCCGUAGAGGAGGUGAAAGAGGAGGGCGGAACCUCCCGAGUGAGAGAACUCACAGCGUUUCUGCAAUGGACAAAUUUCCUCUCUC